CUGGGCGUGCUCCAGGGGAGGCAGAGCGGGCCGGCCGGCCGGGAUUCGCUCCCGAGUGAAAGCGGGGCGGUGAUGCUGCGGUUUUGUUUUUGUUUUGUGCCCAAAUCCAGAUGACGCGGUGAGGGGCGGUGCCCAGAGGGGAUGCGAGAACGGGCCCGGCGGCGAGGGCAGCGAUGCUCAGCAAACACCUCAGUGCACACGGCCAUCACCCAGAAGACCGAGGAGGGUCUAACCCCUGCCUGUGAUGCUGUGGACCCUCCCCUGGCACUCUGUGCAGUUGAUACUUGGAUAGGAUCCUACUUGUCAGCAUGAAAGGAAAAGCUGCACACUGCGACUGGAAAUGUUUAGCCCAGAGGAAGGCCUCUCCCUGCGAUCGAUACAAACACGCCUGUGCUGUCUGCAGAGGAUUUGUUUACCUCUAUGGAGGGCGGAACACCACCAGUCUCAGAGAUUUUUGGCGGUACAAUAUAGCGAGGAAUGAAUGGGAGCUGCUGGACUGCUCAGGAGAUGGACCAGAAGAACUGGAAGAACAUUCAAUGGUGGCUUACGAGGGCACCCUGUACAUUUUUGGUGGAAUGGUGGAUUCUGCUUUCACGCAAGCAAAAACCCCUCUCUGGAUAUAUGACACAGACUCUGCGAGAUGGACAGAGGGCCGCGACGUAGCAGCAGAGAUGGAGAGUUUGGCACCUACUAACAGAAAAGGCCACAGUGCAGUAGUGUACCGUGCCAGCAUGUACAUCUAUGGGGGAUAUGUUGGCAUCAGAGGCAUUUCACAGGAAUUUUGGACGUUCCAUUUUGAUACAAGGCAAUGGCUGUAUGUUUCCACCCUAUCUCACAACACUGGCCCAGGACCUCGGCACGGUCAUUCGGCAGUAGUUUAUCGUACAGCCAUGUACCUCUAUGGAGGGCUGGUGGGGCUGAGUGAACAGAAAGAUUUAUGGAAAUGGGACUUUGGAAACAGCAGCUGGUAUAACAUCAGAACAAGCCAAGGACCUCCUCCAGCAGUAGGUCACGCUUCAGUAGUCUUCAAAGACUCAAUGCUGGUUUUUGGUGGAGGGAUUUCCAACUCCAGUCCUAAUGAAGACCUCUGGAAGUACCAUUUCCAUACACAGACAUGGAAGAAGCUAAGUGGCGUUACAAAGGCAAACUUUUCUCCUAAAACAUAUCACUGCAUGCUAGGAAUUGGCGUUGGCUUUCAAACUACCUCAGAUUUCACUAACGCAUUCUCCAGACACUGGAAGAGUAAGAAGGAGCACCACCAGCUGGUGACCAUCCCAAAGCACUCCUACUUCUGCAGCUACUUUCGCCAGCAGCCUGCAUACCGAGCGUUCAGCAACGAGGACAGUGGUGCCAUUGAAAUGAAAACCUUUAGCUUCCCUCUGGAGCCAGUGGGUUUUUGUGCAUUUCAAACCACUUCAGAGGUGGAAGCAGACCCAAAGAGAGCAACAAGCAUUUUGACAAGGGAUGGGUCUGCCCCUCUGUUUCUCUCUUCUGAAAAAGAGACUUUUGCUGCUGCUGCACUUGUGGAACAAGAGGAGGGAACCAACUGUCAGCAUGCAGCUGCAGGAGAUGAAGUUAGCAGCGAUGCCAAUGUGCUGCUGCUCAUUGGAGGCAAACCUUUGUCCAGCUUCUCUGAAAUCUCAUUGUGGCAAACGGAGUUUGAUAGCUUGUCAUCUGUUUGAACGCAAAGCAAAAGAACAAAUCCCCGCCAAUGUGCUUAGGGGGCAACAAACCAACCAAACAGUGUUUUCAGUUUUCUGUCAGCUCACUGGGAAAAGAACAAAACCUUGUCACACAUGUUAUGCAGAGAUUUUUUUUUACAAUGUGAACAAAAACCUCUCUAUACAUGUAAGCCACAACUGACAUAAAAAUUACAGUUCCCAGGAGGAGCUUGUUGGAACUUAGCUGCCAUUGUUACUUUUCCCUUCUGAUCACCUAACAUCCUGAAGUCACUGUGGCUGAGGCUGCAUUGAAAAUCAGAUCUGCUGUAACCCCUACUGGCUCCGUAACUGCCAUUUGAAAUGUUUGCUCAUCUUGUGGUGUGCCAAGUAAAAGAUACACACCUCUAAAACUGCAGUGUAAUCCAGUUUGGGCACGUUACUCUCACGUGUGGCUAUGAGGGAUCUGAUGAAUCCUAAUGGCUUUUUCUUCAGAGAACCCUCUUUGCACAGUGUGUCCACAACAGCAGACAGCAUAUUGCAUUGAGUAUUUGAGCCUUUGCAUGGUUUAUUUUCUUUGUUUAAAACUUCAUGAGCAUUCACAUUCACCAAGAAAGGUGUUUUUUGGAGAGAGAACAUCGUCCAGCAUUUCAGGUAUUUCUGUGUAAGUUACUGAGGUAUCUGCCUUCAAGUUAUUGGCCUUCUGGUUGAAUCCAGCAUCCUCUAGGAAGAAAUUAUGAUGUUUGAAAGAAAUAUUUAAUAUUUCCAGUUUUUUUAAAAAGUAGUUCUCAAGAGUUUCAUAGGAAUUUUAAGUGGAAGUAUUUACAGAUACUUUCUUCAUCUUUUCACAAGUUGCUGUCCCAUGAAAUCGGUACAAAAAUUACAGAUGGGUUUACAAAAAGUUAUUUAAGGAUUACUUGGACCUUCAGUGACCUUUGGAAACUGAAUUGUAUGCUGCCAUAUAAGUAAAGCAUGCUGCACUUCCCA